GCAUUCUGAUCAUAUUUGGCUGAAAUUUGCACUGAGGGUAAAAACACUAAUCUGUAAAAUAGAUAGUAUUGCUGUUUUGGGGACUUCGCUGGGAGUAAGUAAAAAAGAUUAAGGAAGUUAGGUGGAAAGAAGUCACAAAAGUCUGCGAGCUGUCACUGUGCCACAGUGGGAUAUUUUUCUGUUCAAAAGUACAGAUAUUUUGGUGAAACUAAAUGAUGAUUUUAAAUUAACUCUGUGUAAGUGCUCAUUUUGAUGGCUUUUCCUUUACUUCCAGGUUCUUUCAAAAAAAAAGAAAAAGACCACAAUGAAGUUGAUAUUCAGAACCUCACUCUUACAUUUGCUCCUUUACUGUGUGACCCACACAGUAGGUAAGUGAAAGUCUGCUCACUCUGAAUGUAGCUUAAUUUCCUCUUUAAGUGAAAUCAUUCCGAAAGAUACCACACUGGUUAUCCCCCGCACUUUGUGCAGUUUGAGUUUUCACUGAUUCACUCAACUGUUUCUAUUUCCUUUCCUAAGGAGUCGAUAUCAAAACGGACCCACCAGUCGACGGUGAGGGUCUUAUACAGACGGAGCUGAACAACACUGUGUCACUGAAAUGUACCGUUGGUGCAGACACUCCAAAUGAUGAAGAGCUGGUGUGGCUCAGAGAUGGUAUGACGGUCAAUCUGAAGGAAGAGAACAAGAAAGGUGCAAGCAGUGUGUGUGUUUCACCUGUCAUCUAUGACGACAACGAGGCCACUUUCACUUGUCAGCUGAAACAAGACGCUACACAUAAGGCCUCUGUCACCCUGAGAGUCACAUAUCCCCCAGAGUUGUCUGGAUCAGAGGAGGUUACGGUAGAAGAGGAGUCAACGCUCGUCCUGACCUGUGACAUCUGGGCCAAUCCACCGGUCUCGACUGUGGAGUGGACACGAAAUGGAAGCAUGGUGGAUCUAUUUGAAGGCGGCUUCGUUGUGACCAUUGGUGGCUCUACUAGUCAGCUGACAGUCAGCAAAGUGGAGAGGAGCUUGCAUGAAGGCACAUAUAUGUGCACAGCAAAAUCUCCCAAAUAUGGACCAUACAGCAAGACUUUCUAUGUCACAGCGACAGAUAAGACCAUUAAGUUCCCACUGAUGCCCACGAUUGCAGCAAUUGUGGUGGUGGUCCUCACUGCACUUCUUGCAGUUGUUUCACGGUGGAAGAAAAUCGUAAAGUGCUUCAAGAAAUGAAGAAACCAACACUCCCUUUUGUGUGCAGGACACUGCAACUACCGAUUUACAUAACCAAGUUUUCAAUUUUUGUCAUAUUUGGCAUUUUUUAACGGAAAGCUUUGACAUUUUGGGAAAUGCAUUUAUGGGCUUUCUUGCUGAGAGUUUAAAGACUGAUGUUAUUCUCAUAUCUGUCAAAUAAAUAUGAAGCUACAACCAGCUGUCUUCAGCACAAAGGCUGUAUUUGAAUGGAAAUAACUAGCUGGGCUCUGCAGAUUAAAGAGAUAACACACAAUUAUCAGCCUCAACAUUAAAAUCACCUGCCCUGUAGUGCUUAGGUCCUUCUCCUGCUGUCUGGCACCAGGAUGUUGUAACCUCUGGGUUCUGUAGUUUUUGGGGGAAGCCUGUUCAGGCUUGCUCAGGUGCAUCUUGUGAAUGAUUGGUCAGAUUGGCUCUUUGUUGUGUUCCUAGAGUUUUUCCUGAGCAGUUUUUACAGUGUGUCCUGCUCUUGGUCUGAAGCAAUGUUAGGUGGGGAAUAUGUUUUAAAGCAGCAUCCACAUGAAUGCAGGACCAAAGGUUUCCUAGCUGAACUUUACAUAGAGACAAAAUAAUCAAUGGUAUAGACUUGACUUCUCAGUGGUUUAUGACUAAUCAAUGCAAAACAUGCUAAUGAGUUUUAAAUGUGCUGGCUGAUUAGCUUUUGAUAGAUCUAUGCAAGCUGUUUUCAGUCUUUGUGCUAUAUGCUAAGCUAACUACCUAGUGGCGAUGGCUUCAUAUUUACUGUGCAAACAUAUAGUCACUCUUCUAACUCUCUGCAGCAAAGCAAAAAAAGCAGAUUUUUUCCCAAAAUAUCCUUCAAAAUCUGAUCAAAUGUAUUAUGCUAUCUGCUAUGUACGCAAUAUGCUAUUUAUUUAACCUAUGAUUAAGACAAGAGGACCUCCAGAGUCUGCAGUAUGACAUUUAGCUUGUUACUUUUCAUUAUAUGAUGCACUUUGAUCUUGAUGAUGAAGUGAGUUUCAAUGCUGCAUUUCCUCUUUUCUUGUUAAUAUCGUUGCAAUAAAAUAAACCAAACUGAAAAGCACACUGACAUGGCAAGCGCCUCUUCUUCUAGGAAUGUGAAAAAAAUCAAAGCUACAAGUGUAUAUUUGGAAGAUGAUUCAAGACUCUAUGACUUAAGGAUGCAAAAUCAUUGUAAUACAG